AUGGCUAGUCCGCAACCCUUGGCAAUUCCACAAGAUAAGAAACGCCAAACUCGCAGUCUCCGAGGCAUGAACCCUGUUCGCGGAGAAUUGAUCUCCGGUGACAAAAAUGGCUCGAAUACGUCGUCGAGCUCGCCCUACUCGGUCGAGUUGGAUCUCUUAUCGCGAGUUGACGUGAAGAACGGCGCAAACUACAAGUUGCAUCCUGUUCUCUCCCAUGUCAUGAAACUCAGAGACCAAACGACUUGGGCAAACGGAGGCAAAACCACCCUUUACACCCACGGCGGACCCCGCAUAAACAACACUCCGCCGGAUGACGGAGUCUCACAUAGGUACGGACGCCCCGGAAAUCCAGGCAGUGUACUAGCUCAGCGGAUAUCGAAGCAGCAACACAACUACCGAAGAAUCAGCGUGUACAACACGAGUUUGCAGUAUAGAUUCAAGUAUCUCCAAUAUUGA